UGUGUGUGUGUGUGUGUGUGUGUGUGUGUGUGUGUGUGUGUGUGUAUGUCAUUUUAGACAAGGAGAGAGAGAGCGCCAAUGAGGGAGAAAGGAAAUCAAGAAACAGAGAGAGGAUAACAGAAAGCAGACAUUGGGUGAGUGUUCAUCAAGGUGAAGCAGAGAGAAAGACAGAGAGACAGACAGUGAGGGGGUUAGCGGGUGAAGUUAGCAGGAGUGGAAAGGUAUGAGGGGACAGCUCUUGAAGUCAUUCUUCUCUUUGGUGAUCACUCUCUUCUGUCUGGGGAGCCUGCUGACCACUGUCAUCUGGUAUAUGGUCGACAACAAUAAUGUGGAACCUCAGAGGCCGCAUCCUAAAAAGAAAAGCGCCCCUGAGCCCUCUGACCCCUCUGACCCCUCUGACCCUUGUAAAGGCUGCAGAGAGGUCAUCAACAAAGUAAUAGAGCGUUACUCUCAAACCUGGAGGAAGCAGGAAAACAAUUACCAACAAUUCAGCUCUCAGCUGAGCAGUCAGUGCCAUGGUUUGGACAGGGCCAUCAUUACCCAGGCCAACACUCCAGUGGGAUCAAAGAUUGUGUACGAUGGAGAUAAGAAGAAGACCCUCAAGGUGACCCCCGAACUUUUCAGCACCUUUGCAAAGGAGCAUCCGUUCCCUAAUAAAACUUGGGACACGUGUGCUGUUGUCGGGAAUGGAGGGAUUCUGACAAACAGCAGCUGUGGAGACAUCAUCGAUUCAGCACAGUUUGUUAUCAGGUGCAACCUACCUCCUUUAGGAAAAGGCUAUGAGAAACAUGUGGGCACCAAGACUGACAUUGUGACAGCCAACCCAAGCAUUUUCCUAGAGAAGUAUGGGGCUCUAAUGGGGCGUCGGCGUCCAUUUGUGGAGAGUCUACAUAGCUACGGCAAGUCCCGUCUGCUUCUUCCCGCCUUCUCCUAUGGCCACAACACUCCUGUGUGCAUGAGGGCAGUAUACAGCAUUGAGGACUUUGAGAGUCCCAUCCAGCCCAUCUUCUUCAACCCUGAGUACCUUCAGAGCCUGGCCCUCUUCUGGCGUUCCCGAGGCUUACGAGCAGUGCGCCUCAGCACAGGCAUUAUCAUGGCUAGCAUAGCGCUGGAACACUGUGCCAACGUGCAUCUGUACGGAUUCUGGCCCUUCGGUAAUCACCCACAUGGACUCCAUGCACUGACUAACCACUACUACGAUGACAGACAAACUAAAACUAAAUUUCACUCCAUGCCUGCUGAGUUUGACCUCUUGUUGCAGCUGCACAGUCAGGGGGUGCUCAAGCUUCACUUGGGAGACUGUCAACCAGGUGAAAAGUAGUUCCCAGGUCCAAAUUAGCUGGCAGGACAGUGUCAAAGUGCCUUUUGUAGCCCAGUCACUCAUGACGUUUUUCAUAUCAUUUUGAACGAAUGUACAUAUGUAUUCUGGCUGAAACAUGGAAUUGGUGUGUUCAAGCAAGGUAGAUUUGUGAAUUUAGAUGUAAUGCUGAGUCAUUUACCAGGACAUUUGCACUGAUAUAAAAAAGAAACAAUCUUAAGACUGUAGCAUUAUGUUAACAGUCUUGUGGUGUAUGUAAAAAUGUAUUUAUUACCAACAUUUUUCCAGCUGGAGUCUGGAGGGAGUUGGUUUGAUUUAAAGGUCCCCUAUUAUACUGUUUGUCAUCAAUAUAUAAUAGGUCUCAGAUAUAUACACAACAUUUGGCUUGAAAUACCCAACAGAUCGUGCAUUG